GCGAACCCGAGCCCAGCAGUGAGCCCGAGCCUACGGGCGAGCACGACCACCACACUGGGCCGGAGUCCAAGAGCAAACCGGAGCCCGCGAGUGAGCCCACGGCCGAACCCGAGCCUCAGGCCGAAGACGUGAAGCAGGAGGCGUCGUCAGGUAAUUCACGGAUGGAUAAGUUCAGGUCCGGUGGGUUCCGGAGCCAGCGCAAGGCGUGGAGGACGCGCGGCACGCCGCCGGCCGCCCGCGCCGCCGCCGCCGAUCAGCUGCGACUGCGCACCGACGGGCAAUCAGAGGUGAUUACUCGACAGAAGCGUCAGACCCAUGGUGAACCAAACCCGACGAGCGAGCCCGAGCCCAGCAGCGAACCUGAGCCCAGCAGCGAGCCAGAGCCCAACAGCGAGCCUGAGCCCAGCAGCGAGCCCGAGCCCAGCAGCGAGCCUGAGCCCAGCAGCGAACCAGAGCCCAACAGCGAGCCUGAGCCCAGCAGCGAACCCGAGCCAAGCAGUGAACCCGAGCCAAGCAGUGAACCCGAGCCAAAUAGCGAGCCCGAGCCAAACAGCGAGCCUGAACCCAAGAGUGAACCCGAACCGUCCAAAUCAGACAGAAAACCCAAGCAGGUCAACCUCCCUCGCGUGGGCUAUUACCCAGGCGGUGACUUCCACGCCAUGGACUGCACGGACAUCGUGCUGGGGCGCGCGCGGGGCAACUUUGGCCGCGUCGACGACUACUACACGCGCGACCGCUCCACGCCGCGGCGCGACGAGUUCUGGGGCGGCAGCGGCAGCCUCACCGGCAGCAUGGCCUACGAGGAGGACGGCAUCACCACCGUCGCGUUCCGCCGCAAGCUGGACGCGUCCGAGCCGACCGACCACGCCAUCGAGAAGGACCUGAUGCACGUCAUCUGGGCUCGCGGCCAGCAGUCGGGCGACUACAUGCACCGGCCCAAGUCGGGCCUGGAGGCGGGCAGCUCGUCCGUGCCCAACUUCUACCGGCCGGACGAGGUCAAGUACCACGGCAGCGGGCAGCAGCGCGGCGUGGCGUCCAUCGACUUCCUGGAGGGCGGCAGCACGCAGGAACUGUCGCCGCGUGCCUACGAUUUCUGCGGCGCCGAGUGGCGCUGGCCGCCGAGCUGCAGCAUGGACACGGCCGACUGCGAGUACGCCGUGCGCUGGGAGCUGCUGGAGGCGAGCGACGAGGUGCGCUUCACCGUGCAGAGCGACUCGGACGAGCACUGGACGGGGGUCGGCUUCUCGCGCACGCCCAACAUGCCGUCCAGCGACGUGGUGCUGGGCUUCGUGGCCGGCUCCGGCCGGCCGAUCGUGCUCGACGGUUGGCUCUCGGGCCACCUGCCGCCCAUCACCGACUCGCGCCAGGACAUCUUCAACAAGACGGGCUCGCUGCGUGACGGACGCCAGGAGUUCUCGUUCAUCCGGCCGCGCCGGACCACUGACGCCAAGGACGUGUCCUUCACGGACGACCAGUGCCUCUACAUGCUCUUCCCGAUCAAGGGCGGCAACUUCUUGCGCUCUUCGAAGCGAUUCGCGAAACACAAGCAGACGCCGAUCGUUUCCUCCGAGAAGAUCUGCAUCAAGUCGUGUGCCAGCCUCGAGCCGCUGCUGGACAAGGACGGCAAGCCACUGCCGCCGCCGCCGCCGCCCAACGUUGAGUACGACGUGGAGCUGAAGCUGCGCGGCCUCGGCGACACGUACAUGCUGCCGACGCCCGAGUCCGAGGAGUUCGAGGUGCUGAGCGAGCGGAUCCGGCGUGACGUCAUGUCCCUGCUGGAGACGGUGCCCGGCCUGAAGAGAAUCCGCGUCACGCAGUUCCAGGACGAUUCCGGGAACGUGGUGGCACACAUGAGCGUCCAGGUUGGACCGUAAGCGGAUGGCUAAGGAGCUGAAGCGCGUGGAGGGCGGCGAGGAGAAGCCGCGAACCGUGGAGACCGUGCUCACCGAGUCGGUGCCCACCGGCAUGGUGGGCAACCUGCAGGUCAACCCACAGUACCUGGUGGUG